AUGCCCACCCUGAGCCUGGGCAUUCUUCUAGACUACACUGUGAGAACCAGGACUCCAGAACUCACUGUCCAAAUAGCCAGGGUCCACUUUCAGCAACUGUACCAACCCUUCCCUGGGUCUGUCCUCCCAAGGGCAAACUUCCUUGCCAUUGAGUACACCCCAUACCCAGGGCUGGCUACUCAUAAGAGAUCCGCGCUCCCACCAGAAGCAGUUGCAACCUGCGGCUUUCAGAGCUGCACCCAGGGUGGUGAUUGGUUCUUAUUCGGCCGACACAGGGUGGGACCAGAAAUGGCGUCUCCAGCAGCUGAUUUUCCAGGGCAGCGGCUCUGUUCUGGGAGGAGGGGGCGGCCGAGCCUCGCUGGGCGUGGGGGUGCCCCCGUGGCCGACCUGCAUUCGAGCUGGACCGCAGCAUCCAGCACCAGCCCUGGCGACACCUCCCAGCCCCUUGCAGCACCUCCAGCCGGCGCCCGGAGGGGCUGGAACGGGGAGAGAGCGGCACGACGGAGAUUUCCCGCGGACCUCCCAGCCGCGCCCACCCGGGCUGCUCCGAAAGGGUUCAUCCCGGACACAGGCAGCCGCCGCCCGCCGUUAGCUUUGCGGGAGACGAGAAAGGCUGGACCGCCACUUCUCUCUUCCCAGUCUCCUCCGAUCACGGUGUCAGCUCCGCAGCAGGGACCUCCAGGGAGGGCGACGACUAAACUCUGCCUGGGCCCCUCCGAGUGGAGUCCGGUGAAGCUGGUUUCCAGAGAUAACCCACAGGAGCCGGGCGAGGGAGGACAGGGCUUGAAGCCACAAAUUAAUGAUAUCAGUGUAGCAUCAAAUGCGGGAACAAUAAACCCCAUCAUUUACCGAGUUGCCUCUGGGCUCAGCUUCAAGCUCCCUUCCCAGACAAUGGCUGGUCAGAGCCCCUGCCAGGUUUUCCGGAGAGACCGCGACAGAGCACGGGGCCAAAUUGGCCUCUGGUGGCCAGCACUCUGGGAUUCACCUCCAGUGACUUAUCACCUCCAAGGCGGGAGCUGGGGAACCCUCCCGGGGGCCAGGAGCUCAGCGCCGGAAGAUCUGUUUGCUCCAAAAGCUGAGCAGGGCAGCGGGAGGGCGCUGGCCUGGAAGCAGAAAAUCGAGGCUUGGGGCGCCAGCACUGCCGCGUCUCCCUUUGUGACCCUGGCAACUCACCAGAUCCUGGGAGUCUCGGACGUUGGGGGGCAGACAGGAGCCUCUGUAUCUGGGGGAGAAAGGGCGGUGCCGAGCCCCUCCCCCACCAGGGCUGUCUCAGUCCUGGAUGAAGGCGAAGCUGCUGUUCCCGCUUCCCGCGCAGCUGCUGCCUGUCUGUCUCCAUGGCAACCAGGCCAAAAGACUGAUUUGCCAGUGUCCAGGCUCUAG